AUGAACGAUCCACAAGCACCCACCAUCCCCAUGUCCAGCUUGCAAAUCAGCAACAAGGAUUCAUCGGCAGGAGCAGACAUGACUCGAGACCCUGAGCUGGAACCUGUAUGGAGGGUAGCCGACCUUCUGUUGGGCUUGAGGGGGAGUCCUCCAGGAACACUGGCCAGCCUCAAGGAGGAAGAAAUUCGAAUGCUGAUCACAAUGGCUAGACCGGUUCUCUUGAGCCAACCAUGCUUGCUGGAAUUGGAUGCACCCAUGAAAAUUUGUGGAGACGUUCACGGACAAUUCACCGAUCUACUAAGGUUGCUCGAAUUGGGGGGAUUCCCACCAGAAGCCAACUAUUUGUUCUUGGGCGACUAUGUAGACCGGGGCAAACAAUCACUCGAGACUUGUUGUCUUCUUUUGGCCUUCAAAAUAUUAUACCCGGAAAACUUCUUUAUCCUUCGGGGCAACCAUGAGAGUGCCGGCAUCAAUCGCAUUUAUGGAUUCUACGAUGAAUGUAAGAGACGGUAUUCCAUCAAACUAUGGAAGACAUUCUCGGACGUCUUUAAUUGUCUCCCAGCAGCUGCUUUGAUUGAUGAAAAAAUUCUCUGUAUGCACGGAGGAUUGUCGCCAGAGCUUCAUUCGCUGCAACAGAUUGCCGAUAUAGAGCGACCCACCGAUGUCCCCGAUACUGGACUCUUAUGCGAUCUCCUAUGGGCAGACCCCGACAAGGAUAUCUCAGGAUGGGGUGAAAAUGAACGAGGGGUAUCAUUCUGCUUUGGAGCAGAUGCAGUCAGCAAGUUUCUGGAAGAUCAGGAUCUAGAUCUCGUCGUGAGGGCGCAUCAAGUUGUCGAAGAUGGAUACGAAUUCUUUGCGGGGCGACAACUCGUAACCUUGUUCUCAGCUCCCAACUAUUGCGGGGAAUUUGACAAUGCCGGGGGCAUGAUCAGUGUCGAUGAAAACCUCAUGUGCUCGUUUCAAAUUCUCAAACCGAGCUCUCGGUCGGAGAGAAAGAACAAUCGGACAGCCGCGACGACGUGA